GGAGACCCCGUCAGGAAAAGGAAAGUAUGGUUUGCCCGAAGGAGGAGAGCGCGUCUCGCCGGGAGCUGUUGGAGCCGGCGAAUUUUUAAUACUGCCUCCCAAGUCCUGUACGAUUUAUUCUUAAGAUUGUUUUGUACUAUGUAUGAUUUUAAAUUUUGAUCUCUGACUUGUAAUCCUGGGAUCGCGGUUCCUGAGUUUGGCCGGUGCCCCCUGUUCCUUUUGGUACUAGGAUUUGUCGGGAGCCUCUAAUUACCAAACCCCUACUGCGGGGAGAAAAUUUCAACUUUGGUCGGUACUACCAAAGAAGCCUUUGGCAUCAUGUGGACUUUUCUCGGAAUUGCCACUUUCACCUAUUUUUAUAAGAAAUGCGGGGACUUCAUCACUUUGGCCAACAAGGAACUCUUCUUGUGCGUGCUGGUGUUCCUGUCGCUGGGCCUGGUGCUCUCCUACCGCUUUCGCCACCGAAAUGGGGGCGUCCUGGGGCGCCAGCAGAGCGGCUCUCAGUUCGCUCUCUUCUCAGAUAUUCUCUCAGCUUUGCCACUUAUUGGCUUCUUCUGGGCCAAGCCACCCCCUGGAUCAGAAAAGAAGGAGCAGCUAGAGUCCAGGAGGCACAGAAAAGGAAAUAAUAUUUCAGAAACAACUUCAGUAGGAGCAGCUACCUCUAUGUCAACAUCUUCUCUAAAUGAUCCAGAAGUUAUCAUCGUGGGAUCUGGUAUACUUGGCUCUGCUUUGGCCGCAGUGCUUUCCAGAGAUGGAAGAAAGGUGACUGUAAUUGAGAGAGAUUUAAAAGAACCUGACAGAAUAGUUGGAGAGUUUCUGCAGCCAGGUGGUUGUCAUGUUCUGAGAGACCUGGGUCUUGGAGAUACAGUAGAAGGUCUUGAUGCCCAAUCUAUAAAUGGCUACAUAAUUCAUGAUCGGGAAAGCAAAUCAGAGGUUCAGAUUCCUUACCCUCUGUCAGAAGACAAUCAAGUGCAGAGCGGAAGAGCUUUCCAUCAUGGAAGAUUCAUCAUGGGUCUCCGGAAAGCAGCCAUGGCAGAGCCCAAUGCCAAGUUUAUUGAAGGCACAGUGCUGCAGUUGUUAGAGGAAGAUGAUGCUGUGACAGGAGUUCAGUACAAGGACAAAGAGACUGGAGACAUAAAGGAACUCCAUGCUCCAUUGACUGUCGUCGCAGAUGGGCUUUUCUCCAAGUUCAGGAAAAAUCUUGUCUCCACUAAAGUUUCUGUUUCAUCUCAUUUUGUUGGCUUCCUUAUGAAGAAUGCACCACAGUUUAAAGCCAAUCAUGCUGAACUUCUUUUAAUUAACCCAAGUCCAGUUCUCAUCUACCAGAUUUCAUCCAGUGAAACUAGAGUACUUGUUGACAUUCGUGGAGAAAUGCCAAGGAAUUUGAGAGACUACCUGACUGAACAAAUUUACCCACAAGUUCCUGAUCACCUGAAAGAACCAUUCCUAGAAGGCAUUCAGAAUUCUCGUUUGAGAGCCAUGCCGGCAAGCUUUCUUCCUCCUUCACCAGUAAACAAACGAGGUGUUCUUCUUUUGGGAGAUGCAUAUAAUUUGAGGCACCCUCUUACUGGUGGUGGCAUGACUGUUGCCUUUAAAGAUAUAAAACUGUGGAGAAAACUGCUGAAGGGCAUUCCUGACCUGUAUGAUGAUGCAGCUAUUUUCCAGGCCAAAAAAUCAUUCUAUUGGUCAAGAAGAAAGUCUCAUUCCUUUGUUGUGAAUGUCCUUGCUCAAGCUCUUUAUGAAUUAUUUUCUUCCACAGAUGAUUACCUGCAUCAACUAAGAAAAGCCUGUUUUCUUUAUUUCAAACUUGGUGGAGAAUGUGUGGCAGGUCCCGUUGGGCUGCUUUCUGUGUUGUCUCCUAACCCUCUGGUUUUAAUUGGACACUUCUUUGCUGUUGCAAUCUAUGCCACAUAUUUUUGCUUUAAAUCGGAACCGUGGAUCACAAAACCCCGAGCCCUUUUCAGUACUGGUGCUGUCUUGUACAAAGCGUGUUCUGUGAUAUUUCCUCUAAUUUACUCAGAAAUGAAGUAUAUGGUUCAUUAAGCUCAGAGGGGACCAUGUGGAACUCAAGUCCCGUGAGAAAUUCUGGAAACGGCUGUGUGCCCACCACUUCUGAAGUGGCCACUCUUGGACCAAGACUGGGAUUACUUUCUUUGUGAUGUUUUUGUAUAUAAGCAUGUAAAUAUAUGCCUUAAUUUUCAAUUUAAAAUGAAGGGUAAAAUAAGUUAGAUAUUUAAAAGAUAUGAUUGUUACCAUAAAUUAGCACUAACAUGGAAAAACUUCAGUUUUUCUUUUGAUUUCAGUAUUGGGGAUGAGUCUUGGGACAUGCAAAUAAAAUGAAGAGUGAACCCUGG